AUGAAGGGAAAAAAUGCAACCUUGCUGACAGAAUUUGUACUUCUGGGGUUCCUGAACCAGACCAAGAUAGACACCCUCCUGCUGGCAAUGAUUCUACUUGCUUCUGUGACUGCCUUGUUGGGGAAUGCUCUCCUCAUGUUUCUAAUCCAGGUGGAUUCCCGCCUUCACAUCCCCAUGUACUUUUUCCUCAGUCAGUUGGCCUUCUUGGACAUCUGUCAGACCCUCAUCAUUGUCCCUAAAAUGUCAGCGGACUUCCUGAUCCCAGGCAACCCCAUUUCUCUGGCUGGUUGUGGGACACAAAUCCUUCUCACCCUGACCAUUGGAGCAUCUGAAUCCCUCCUCCUGGCAGUCAUGUCUUACGACAGGUAUGUAGCAAUUUGCCAUCCCUUGCAAUACCCCAUCCUCAUGAGCAAGAGAGUCUGCCUGAGCCUGGCAGCUGGGGUGUGGUGUGGUGGGACACUAGAUGCCUUCAUAAACAUGGUGUAUGUGAUACAGCUGCCCUAUUGUCACUCCAAAGAGAUUAACCAUUUCUUCUGUGAGAUCCCAGCUCUGCUGAAGUUAUCCUGCUCCGACACCUCCACUUAUGAGACUGCAGUGUUCAUAAGUGGUGUUAUCUUGCUCCUCAUUCCUUCCUCCAUCAUACUGGCUUCUUAUGCCCGCAUCCUCUCUGCAGUCCUGAGGAUGAGCUCAGCUAAGGGAAGGCACAAGGCUCUGGCCACUUGCUCCUCACAUCUGACUGUAGUGGGGCUGUUCUAUGGGGGAACAAUGUUCAUGUACAUGAGACCCAAUGCCUACCACUCGCCGGACCAAGACAAGAUCAUACCUGUGUUUUAUACCAUUGUCACUCCAGUACUGAAUCCCCUCAUAUACAGCCUGAGAAACAGGGAUGUCUUAGGAGCCCUAAGAAAGCUGUUUGGGAAGUAUAAUUCCUCAUAA